CUGGUGGCAGUGGCUGGUGUUUGUUGCGUGUAGCGAAGACAGCUGAUGGUUGUUGUAUUAUUAAAAUUUAAAUAUAAAAUUUCUUAUAACUUAAACUUGAUUAAAACGGUGUAAUGUGCAGUAACUAUGAGAAAAAUGUAUCAUGGACGAUAUAAAUCCAAAAAGGCCUCGAUCACACGACUGUCAUGUAAUAAAUAAUCGAAUAACCAACAUAAAAUUGUAAAUAAAUUAAAUAAUGACAACAAAAUCGAAAACCGACAACAAUAGAACAACAACUUAAGGCUUUGUCAAGCUGGUAUGCAAUACCAUGAGCAGCGGGCGUGGCCUCAUAGGGCGUCGCCGAGGAGGAAACACAUGGCUACGGACCGGCUUAAUAAUCUUCUUAAUAAUUUUUAUAUCACUUCAGAUAAAUUUUUUAAGUUACCGUGGUUCAAACGAUUCAAAUUCAGAAGUAAACGAUUCCAAUGCUGCCAUACUUAGCAUGGUGCCAGCCGUUCUGCAUAAGUUCCUAACGCCAAGGCCUAAGAAUAUGACGAACAACUCGGGUCUAAAUGGCACCGCUGGUGCCAACGUGGCCUACAGUAAAAUGACACUCAAUAUAUCGGAUAUUAAACGAAACAUCGCACAAUACAAUCUACAACAAACUGUUUACAACGAAGAGACUUUUGGUCCUCUGCAAAACGACUCAGUGGUUAUAGUCAUACAGAUUCACGAUCGCAUAACUUAUCUCCGGCAUCUCAUUGUGAGUUUGGCCCAAGCUCGUGGCAUUUCCCAAGCUCUGCUCGUUUUUUCCCAUGAUUAUUACGACGAGGAAAUAAACAACUUAGUACAAAGCGUUGAUUUUUGUAAAGUCAUACAGAUAUUUUAUCCGUAUUCGAUACAAACGCAUCCACAUGAAUUUCCUGGCGAAGAUCCAAACGACUGCCCGAGGGAUAUUAAACGAGAGCAGGCGUUAAUAAAAAAAUGUAACAAUGCGCUCUACCCAGACUUGUAUGGGCAUUAUCGUGAGGCUAAAUUCACUCAAACGAAGCACCACUGGUGGUGGAAAGCGAAUCGAGUUUUCAAUCAGUUGGAAAUCACUCGAAACCAUACAGGGUUAGUGGUAUUUUUGGAAGAAGACCAUUAUGUGGCGGAGGACUUUAUUUAUAUUCUUAAACUGAUGGAAAAGACUUGUAAGGAAUCUUGCAAACAUUGCAACAUCCUGUCCUUGGGUACCUAUUUAAAAACAUUCAACUACUAUGGAGAUGCGAAAAAGAAAGAGGCUUUGCGAGCUAUCAAGCAACAAUCUAUAAUUAGCGCAGGUCAAGUUCAUCCCUCCUGGACAUUUCAAGUACUGCCCUCACUGUAUCAGCACUCACAGAAGGUGGAAAUAACACCUUGGAUCAGCAGUAAACAUAAUAUGGGAAUGGCAUUUAAUCGUUCCACAUGGAUGGAUAUAGUAGGCUGUGCUGACUAUUUUUGCAAAUAUGACGACUACAAUUGGGAUUGGUCUUUACAACAUAUUUCGCAAAAUUGUUUGAAACAUAAAUUCCAUGCGAUGGUGGUACGAGGUCCAAGAGUCUUCCAUAUUGGAGAAUGUGGUGUACACCAUAAGAAAAACAACUGUGAAUCGACGGCUGUAAUUUCAAAAGUUCAACAAGUUUUAAAUACUGCAAAAAGACAUUUGUACCCGAGCUAUCUAACCUUAACGUACACGACAUUGUUGAAGAAAACCAAACUGCGCAAAGGUAAUGGAGGAUGGGGUGAUCGCAGAGACCAUAAAUUGUGUAUGAGUAUGACGCUUAGGUAGUUGAAUUUUGUCUAAUAUUUUUUAGUAAUUCACGUUUGAUUUUGUUAUUAUGAUGUUUUGAGAGCCAGGGGACUGAUACUAUUUUUACAUUGUUUUAAAUGAAGGUGCUUUAGUUUUUAAAGUUACAGUUGUUUAUUAAUCAGUCAUUGAAGAAGAGAAGUGUUAUAUUUUUAUAACGAUUUUGUUAAAAAUUGAUUUUAGUCAGCAUUUUUUAUCUAGUCUUAUUGAUAAGUUGUUGUUAUUUAAAAACUCAAUUAUCUUCAAAAUACUGUGUUAAUUCAUCAUCAUGUUAAUGCUUCAUCGAUUUGCACAAUCCAAAAGAUAAUUGAUAUUUUUUAUAACACAACGUGUACAUAGAUAAAUGUGUCCAUUUUGUUGUAUUCUUUUUUAUAUAUAUGUAAUACUCUUCCUAUUGUCCAUUUUUACGAAACUCUUCUCUUGCCACUUUUUAUCUUUUACACACUAUACAUUCAUCAGUAAAAUGCUCAACUACUCAUAAGUUUCUACUCUGUGGAAUAGGAAGAAAAAAUUCAAAUCUAGUCAAAACUGAUGUUUCUGUAGAACAGAACCAUUUUUUAAUGUUAUAGCUUGAACCAUCAAUUGUUUUUAAUUUAUUCGUUUUCAAUAAUGCUUUAAAACUGCAGUAUGAUGUUGUAAAUUGAGUUCAGUGUCCAAAAAUGUAACUGUUGUAGCAAAUAAAACCAUAGUCAGUUUCUC